AUGGCCCGUGAAGUACUUUCUACUGGGACACGAUUACUAUGGGAGCUUCAUGAGGAAGAAAUCACUACUGAACCCCAGGAAAAGGUGGCCUACACAGCAAACAAGGGCGGCUUUACCGACGAAGUAGCAGACAUCCUGAAAGAGCUGUUCUAUCAGGGCGGUCGGAGCACUAUAGUCGAACAUAGUUACCGAGGUUGUGACAUGAGUAACAUUCAGGACACUGAGCAAGAACCAGAGGAGACCAGGAACGCGGAUGAGACCAGUGAGCAGUUAUUAUUCAGGAUUCCUCGGAAACCAUACAAAUUCACGCCUGGACAGCUGUGGGAAAUGCAGGCAGUGUUCGAAGAAACUCAGUACCCAGAUGCCUUCAGACGGAAAGAGCUGGCAGAGCUCAUGAAUGUGGAUGAACAGAAAGUAAAGGGAUUGUUCAACAACAAGAGAGCUAAACUUAAACAUCUCAGAGGGAAAUACUAAAGGGAAAGAGAUAAUCAC